ACCCAACAAAACUACAAUCUCAUCCACGAAAAUGGGAAAGAGCAAGCUUGUCCGUUCUUUCCCUCUCCCCCCAAAUGGCAAUUGUGCAAUCAAUAACUAAUAUACGGCACAGAAAAGCGCCUUGCUCCAGCACCAAGGCCGCGACCCUAUCCGCGAAAAGCAAAAAAAGUUAUCCAGACGGCAGCCAAAGAGCUUAUGCAGGCGGGGUGGCAAUGGUGAGAAGGAGGAGGAGGAGGGAGAGGAGGAGGGAGGCAAUGUGGUGCCGGAAUUAGUUGAUAUAGUUACAUUGGCAUCGGAGGGGAUGUUGAAGUCUGCCAUGGAAACCGAAGAGAAGCAUACUGAGUCUGAUCCCGAGGAGGAGGAAGUCCAAGACUCCAAUUCUGCCAACCGCGGUGAAGAGGUAGAGGAGGUGGAGGAAAUAGAAUCAGACUCUGACAUCCCGCUCUCCGAUGUUUCCGCCUCAGACCUGGACUCAGACACAGACCAUCCCCCACACCAGAAACUAACCACAAACAACACCCUCGCCCUAACCGCCUCCUUAGCACGCAUAUCCCUCCCGCGUACCCUCCUCUUCUCAGAAACCCUACUCGUAACCACCCCGGAACCCACCGCCAUUCUAGACAUCCAUGACGACCUGGCUCGGGAGCUCACGUUCUACAAGCAAGCCCUCAGCGCCGCCAACGAGGGCCGCGAUAAGAUCCUGGCGGAGGGUGGGCAGUUCAGUCGACCGGUGGACUACUUCGCCGAGAUGCUGAAGGAUGACGAGCACAUGGGCAAGAUACGACAGAAACUGCUGGACGAGGCAGCGGGAACGCGCGCGGCGCAGGAGGCGCGUAAGCAGCGGGACCUGAAAAAGUUUGGGAAGAAGGUGCAAGUGGCGAGGUUGCAAGAGCGGGAGAGGGGGAAGAGGGAGAUGUUAGAGAGGGUUAAGGUUUUGAAGAGGAGUAUGUCUCCUUUCCCCUCAAUUUAGUUAUUGACUUGAUGUGUAGGUGCUAAUUGAUUGGGGAGGGGAAUGUAGAAAGACAAGGUGCGGAAACGGAAACAGCCACUGAAACGGACAUGUUCGAUGUCGCCCUCGAAGAAGCCGUCAAGGGCCGUCGCGGCGACUCCAGAGACGGCAUCAGCCACAAACGCCAGAAGAAGGAUCAAAAGUAUGGCUUUGGCGGUAAGAAGAGGUUUGCGAAGAGCACUGAUGCCAAAUCCUCCGGCGACCUUUCCGGCUUCUCGAGCAAGAAGAAUAGGGCCCAAUUCACCGGCGUUAAGAAGAGGAAGCCGGCUAUGAGACCGGGCAAAAGCAAGCGUGCUGGUGGGGGUGGUGGCAGGAUGAGGUAGACGGAUGAUGGGAACAUAACUCAUUGUACAGUAUCUUGGCUUGUGAGUUCCGAAACCGCAGGUUUUGAACAGAACAGAUUAGAAUUAUGUAACCGGUAAUAUAUUCUAUCGCUAGGUC